UCGGGAUGGAGGCCACGCUGCUGCUGGUGGUUGGCUACUCUCACUCCCGCGCCGUCGCCAUCUCCUUCCUCGUGCUCGCCGUGGGCUUCAGUGGCUUUGCCAUCUCCGGGUUCAACGUGAACCACCUGGACAUCGCCCCCCGCUAUGCCAGCGUCCUCAUGGGGCUCUCCAACGGCGUGGGGACCCUCUCGGGGAUGGUCUGUCCCCUCAUCGUGGGGGCCCUCACAAGGCACAAGGUGGGGAGGGGGCUCCGGGGGGCUCUGAGGGGGAUUUGGG